CAGAUCAGUAGUAAAAUGAGCGACGCAGUGCCUACACGACAAGCUCUAACAGUUAGACUAUUGGUCAUGCUAAUGGCGCUGGCAUCUGUUGCAGCCACAGACUCGGCUGGAGGCAAAGAUGAAGAUUGGAUGGCGCCACUGCAGCAGCAAUAUGGCUUGAAUCCAAAUGAUCUGAAGAAUAAAGUGCAGCAGGGCGAUGUGACCACAUUUGAGAUGGGCACACCCAAUUAUCAGAUACUGAAUCCAGAGGCCCAGCCAGAGAUAAUAACCGAGGAUCAGCCCCAUUAUCGCGAGACGCUCCAACGCUUAACCAGCUCCCCCCACGGCACCGAAGUCAUUGACCUGGCCAUGCCCACAUCUAACGACAGCGUUGAGCCAACCAUGCCGAUAACAGAAAACUAUGAAAAGCUGCGAAAGCGCAGUUUUGACGAAACAUUAAACAAAGCCGAGGAUCAGGAUGAAGUGGAUGCCGUACCACUGGACGAAGGAACCCGCCGUCCGAGGGUAUAUGUCUAUCGCGGGGCAAAACCAUUUCAAAAACUCAACGCUAAUUUAAGUUAGACUGAAAUUUGUUUAUGUGGCGAUUAUUGUUUUAUUAAAAAUCAAUUAGCUUUGUUUUAUCCUCACAUCA